AUGCGAUGGGAAACCAUCAAGGCAGUGAAAGGUAUUCCGCCGUGUAAACGAUAUGGACAUACAGCGACGCUUUGGAACGACCACAUUAUCGUGUUUGGAGGAUGCAACGAAUACCAAGGAUACUGCAACGACGUUCACAUUUUCGAUAUACAAAAAUCCACUUGGCAUCAACCUAAUAUAAGCGGCAGUAUAUCAGCCCGUUAUUUACACAGUGCGGUGAUUUACGAUGAUAAAUUAUUCGUCUAUGGAGGUUUUGCGAAGAAUUCUGACUGUACUUAUGUAUUAGAGGAAAUCAGCGUUUUAGAUUUGAAAACACUGACUUGGCAUAAAUACCAUGGCGUUCCACCAAGAUAUAACCAUUCAGCAACCGUGAUCAACAACAAGAUGUAUAUUUACGCUGGCAAGGACGAGCACGGCAAUACGGUAUCCGACCUUUUUGCGAUCAACUUGGCCACGCCACCUUACACGCCUCAUUUGAUUCUAAGCGGAAAACAAUCGAGCGCGCAUUCGCAAAUGGUACUGUUAAAGAGUCAGCACUUUUGCGAAGCGGUAUGUGGCAAAUUAUUGGUGUUUGGUCGAUACCUCGUCAACCAUCAGGCGGCGGCGACACCCAAUCCAGAGAGUAUGUACGGGUUGUGGAUGCUGGAUUUAGACACAUUGGAAUGGCAGCGACAGGAAUGCAACGCGAAUUUCGAAGUGGGUGGAUGGAAUUACUUUACGGUGAUAUCUGAGCGAAAUCGAGAUGAGGUGGCGAUGCAUAACUUGUUUUUCCUUGGAAACACCGAUCCCUACCGUCCUCAGGGAUAUGAUCAUUUCAGAGACGCAUUAAUUAUCAACGGCGAAUCACUCGGCUUAUACGACAUUCUCCCACUGCAAGUGUCCCAUGAAUUCGCGCAACUUCUCAAUAAUCCCGAGUUAUCGGAUUUCAUGAUUGUCCCCGCCAACGGUCAACCUCUCCACGUCCAUCAAGUGAUCCUGAUUACGCGCUGGCCGCAUUUCAGAAACAUGUACAAAUCGGGAAUGAUCGAAGCGCAGCAACGACGCAUGGAAAUUCCAGAACCCUACGAAGUGGUGCUGGCCUUUUUGAAAUAUCUGUACAGCGACCAAUUGGAUGAAAAUGAGCCAUGGCAAGUCGUAUGUGAAGUGUUGGUAAUAGCCAACAUGUACCUUCUCAACCGAUUGAAGAAAAUAUGUUGUGAACGGCUGUAUCGUCAGCAUCUGACGGUCGAAUCGUGCUGUUUGAUCUUUGAAAAAGCGAUCCUAGCUGAAGAAACGGGCUUGAAACUUCUGACCCUCGAUUACAUGUUCCGCAAUUACGGCUCGGUAUUGAAAUCCAACUUGCUGUAUCAGAUGCCCAAGGAGGUAAGGCAAGAGUUCCUGGAAGCGGUCCCGGACGAAGCAGUGCUGGAAGUCAGUCGAUCACGCUCGCUUCCUACCGGCUUAUCGAAAUAUCCUGCCACGACCGCCCCAGCCAUCACGGCACCUCCUCCACCUACCAUGUCAGGCACGCUUCAUCCCCAUCAAACAUACCCCAGCUAUUCCCAACAACCACCGCACGCUUUAGGAUAUACACAAUCCAUCAACUUACGACAUGGUAUCAGUCGGUCACCCAAUGAAAUGAUCUCUGCUUCCGCAACAGCAAACAGUGGCAGCAUGAGCGUGGGCGUGUUGUGA